UAGAUUGGAAAAUUUAUUCCGGUUCGGUUUAUAAUUUCGGUUCAGGUGACAACCAAUCUAAACAAAGACAAAGACAGCGUGGUUUGCGCAUGUUACCCGACACUAUCAUUUUCUCUCUUUCUCUCUCUCUCUCUUCUUUUCUCUCUCUUUCAGUUACAGCAGAGGAGCUAGCAGAGAGGAGCCAACAUCAAUGGCUCCCAACACUUUCGCCACGAAGCUAAGCAGAAACACAAACAGAAUCACAGUGAUCUUAGUCUACGCCUUCCUCGAAUGGCUUCUCAUGUUCUUCAUCUUCCUCAACUCACUCUUCACUUGCUUCAUCGUCAAGUUCGCAUCUUUCUUCGGCCUCAGGCAAAUCUGCCUUCUCUGCCCGAAGCUAGAUCGUAUCUUCGACCAAAACUCGGAAAACAUAUUCAGUUACAGAGAGCUGCUAUGUCCGAACCACGUGGCAGAGCUCGCAAGUCUCAGUUUUUGCAAAGCGCACGGGAAGUUAUUAUCCGAGUCAGUGAGCUUGUGCUCGGAUUGUGCAGAUCGAGAGGAGAGGAGCAACGUUGGUUUAGGGUUUUGCUCUUGUUGCGAGAAGAGCUUGGGAGAAAGACACUACCCUAGUUACUUGCUUAUCAAGUCAUCGGUUUGGGGGAAGACUCUUGUGGACAGAGAGAACAGAGGAUUGAUCUUGGAGAUGAUUGAUGAUGAUAAGAUUGGAGAUGGGUUUGAGAUGGGGAGAGAAUCAGAGUUCUUCAGAGAGAAACCAGAAGAAGAAGAAGGGAAGAGAGUAGAGCAGCAUCAGCAGAAUGGUGAAGUGAUCUCAGAUGUGGAUAGCUAUGGUGUAAGCCUAAGAGAAGUAUCUGAGGAGGAUGGGUUAAGAUCUGUACACAGCAGUCAUUUUAUUGGGAAUGAAGAUGAGAUCCAUGAACCUGAACAAAUAGUUUUAGAGGAGAAACAAAGGGAUGUUGAUGACACAGGCGAUGUUGCUAUAGAAGGGGAUGAGAAAACUUCAGGGUGUGUGGAAGAAGUAGAAGAAACAGAAAGAGCAGUCUUGUUGGAUGACCAGCAUGUGAGCAAUAAUGAAGCUUUUGUCAGUGAAGAUCUAUCUCUUGGAGUUGAUCCUAUUCUAACAAGUCUUGUGAACUACAUGUGUAACCAAAAUGAAGAAGAGGAAGAAGAUCAAGAAGAAAAUCUAAAGGAGUAUCCGGAAACUCCAACUUCAGAGAGUAGUUUACUCCACAAGAAACUUCUUUUUCUUUCCAAAAAUGAUUAUGCAGCUGCUGAAGAUGCAAGAGAUGUGAGCAUACCAGUGAGUGAUACAGACGGUGAUGACCCUAUAAGAACCAUCGAACGUCUGAAAGAGACAGUGAGAUCAGAACAAGAAGCACUGAGAGGCUUAUACGCAGAGCUGGAAGAAGAAAGAAGCGCGUCUGCGAUAGCAGCUAACCAGACGAUGGCGAUGAUCACGAGGCUACAAGAAGAGAAAGCCAAAGUUCAGAUGGAAGCCUUGCAGUACCAGAGAAUGAUGGAGGAACAAGCCGAGUACGAUCAAGAAGCCUUGCAGCUUUUAAACCAUCUGAUGGUUAAAAGAGAGAAAGAGAAGGAAGAGCUUCAGAGAGAGCUCGAUGUUUGUAAGGCUAAGGUUUUGCAGUAUGAGAAGAACAAAACCAAAUGCGAGGUUACUGAUGAUGAUGAUGAUGAAAAGGAGGAGGAUAACUGUUCUGAGACGAAUGUGGAUUUAGAGAAGAUAACGUUGGACUGUGUGAAACACAUGGGGAUGCUUGAUGAGUCUUUAUCAGAGUUUGAGGAAGAGAGGUUAGUGAUUUUGGAUCAGCUUAAGGUGUUAGAGGACAGGCUAUUGACAAUGCAAGACAAUGAAUCUGGAGGAGAGUUCAGUAAUAGUUACGAAGGAGAGAGUUAUGAACAUGAAGAAGGACUAACGAUGGCAUCGAUGGCAAAGAGUCUGCUUCCUCUUCUAGACGCUGCAGAGAACGACUCUGAAGAUGAGUACAAAGAACAACAAGAGGAGUCAGUUGAGAAGAGUGUUGGCUCCGAAAGCGAGAAGCUAGAGAUCAUUAAACAAGUUGAUAGUGUCUAUGAGAGGCUACAGGUGCUGGAAACAGAUGGAGAGUUCAUGAAAAGCUGUAUGAGUUCGGCUAAGAAAGGUGACAAAGGAACGGAUCUUCUUCAAGAUAUAUUGCAGCAUCUCCGUGAUCUUAGGAACAUUGAACUCACUGACACAAUCGAGAACCAGAAGACGCGUGAGGACGAAUGAUGUUUUCUUUACAAGAGUUACAAACUUUAUGAUCACAGUUAUUCAGAGAGGUUUCAAGAAUCGGAAUCAAUGUUGCUCAAGUGGAGGAGGAUCUGAGUGUUUCAGAAAUUCUUAGAAUGUGUUCUUGUUUGUGUCCUCUUUUGUUUUUGUUUGGACUAAACAAAAAGGUUUCACCUGUCAUGUAAAGUGUUUGUGUUUCUUGUAGUUCAUGAGUUUUCAAGUUGGAGAAAAGGAAAAUGCUCAUAGUUACACUUACAACAA